AUGGUUACCAAAGCUGCUAAACCGUCAGAUUCCAAGCUGACUUACAAAGGUAUUCGUCAAGCUAUCAAGAAGUACAUCCAGGCUAACUACUCUGCUGGAUCGUCUCCAAGUUUUGACACCGCUUUCAACCUCGCAAUUAAGAAGGGAGUCACUUCUGGCUACUUUGCUCAACCAAAAGGACCAGCAGGACCAAUCAAGUUGACCAAAGAGGCUGGCAAAAAGCCAGCCAAGAAGCCAGCAGCUAAGAAGGUGGUCAAGGCUGCUAAGACUACCAAGCCGGCUACCAAGAAGGUUGCAAAGCCAGCAGCAAAGCCCGCAGCUACUAAGAAGGUCACCAAACCAGCUACCAAGAAAACUGUUGCGAAAAAGGUGGCUCCAAAGAAAGCUGUUGCUAAAAAACCAGCUGUCAAAAAACCCGCUCCAAAACCCGCUUCCAAGACCGCCAAGGCAAAGCCUACUAAAGCAAAAGCUCCUGCGAAGAAAGCCGCCGCUACCAAGACUGUCAAGCCAGCAGCUAAGAAGCCAGCAAAAAAGCCAGUGUCAAAAGUGACCAAACCUAAAGCUGCGCCGAAAAAAGCCGCUGCGGCUAAGAAAUCUAAGGCGAAGAAAUAA